UGUCCUCGCGCUCAGGUCACGUGCUCCUGUGUGUUGACUGUGGAGCUCUGCAGCAGAGAGGCUAACGGCUAACGGCGGAGCUACCUGUCCUCAGAGGACACAUACAGCACAGAGUGAGACACCGACAGAGACAUGAAGACACCGAACAGUCCGAUGAGAGUAUGAGUUAAGCAGCAGGAGCCGGUAACGUUCCCAGGGUGAUCAGGUGUGUGUUGUUACAGCUGCAGGAUGCCCAUCCCUCCCCCUCCUCCCCCACCACCAGGGGGACCCCCACCACCCCCCACCUUCAGCCAGGCCAACACCAGCCCCCCCAAGCUGAGCAGAGAGGAGGCCAAAGGUCGCGGUGCUCUGCUGUCGGAUAUCUGUAAAGGCGCCAAGCUGAAGAAGGUGGCGGUGGUGAACGACCGCAGCGCGCCGCUGCUCGACAGUAAGAGCCAAACACCAAAGAGCCAAACACCUCCCACUGAUCACCCAUACAUUCGCUUAUACCAGUACCUACACCAGCAACAGAGCCAGCCUCAGCAGCAGGGGGCGCCGUCUGAGGAGCAGCAGAGGACGGCCGCAGAUAGAGAGAAGCCCAAAGGAGGUGGAGCAGCAACAGGUGGAGCCAAUGGCAGCGCAGCAGGAAGUCCGUCAGGUUCUGUUCCACCAAUAGGAGGGCUGUUCACGGGCGGCGUCCCCAAACUGAGACCCGUCGGAGACGGUUCCUCUGGACGUUCUCCCUCCACGCGGGCCGCAGCACCUCGCCCCCCCAGCCAUCGCCAUGACGAUACAGAGAGCCCCUCCCCUCAGGCGCUGUCACCGACGGAAACGAGUCGUUCCCAGCGUCCCUCUCUGCCCAACCUGUCCUCCUCUCCCUCCCCCUCCCCCUCCUCCCCCUCCUCUGCAGCCUCCUCCCCCUCCACCAGCAUGAAGCACUCCUCCUCUGCCCCUCCUCCACCCCCUCCUCUCUGUCGCCGCGGCAACGCCCCCUCCCCUCCCACUUCCUCCUCCUCUUACAACAGGGAGAAGCCCCUCCCCCCAACACCUAACAACACCCCACCCCUCCCCUCCAAACCUCCUCCAUCUCCUGGCAACAGCAGACGCCCUCCCACCUCAGGAGGAAACCCCGCCUCUUCUUCCUCCUCCUCCCUGGCCCCGCCCCCUCCACCUUACCGCAUCGCUAACGGCCCGACAGUUGGCGGCGAGCUGGCGCCCGAGCUGCCACAGCGUCACAACUCCCUCAGCAACAAGAGGACGGCCCCCUCACCAGGAGGCCACACCCCAACCCGGGGCCCCGCCCCUCCUCCUCCCCCCGCCUCCCCCACACAGCAUGGCGUCAACAGGCCGCCGCCCCCCGUCAGAGAGACGCCAGGCAGAGGAGCAGCUCCUCCUGUUCCCGCCCAGCCGUCAUCGUUGAGGGCAGGUGGCAGAGAGGCCCCGCCCCCGCCUCCUUACAGGACUCAUGGUAGCCCCUCCCUCUCCUCUGACCCCCCUGCCAGAGGGAAACCUCCUCCCCCGCCCACCCGCACCCCCGCUGCUCCUCCCCCACCUCCCCCUCCUCUCCGCAACGGACACUCCUCCUCCUCCUCCAUCCCUCGCUCAUUUGUGGAUGAUUUUGAGUCCAAGUACUCGUUCCAUCCUCUGGACGACUUCCCUCCUCCAGAGGAGUACCGACACUUCGCCAAGAUAUACCCCAGCAAGGCCAACAGAGUGAUGAGGGGAGCUCCUCCACUUCCUCCUGUCGGAAGGUGAACCAUGAAGAGUACGUCACAGCUGGACCACACACACACACACACACACACACACACACACACACUAACACACUGCUCCAUCCUGUUUGAUGACGUCACAUCUACAGCGUCCACCUUCAUCAUCCUCGACGCCUCCAUCACCGCCUCAUCUAUGCUCACAGCUGAUUGGCUGAGGAGAGAUCUGAUCAUGUGACUGAGCAGGAAGUGUCUUCAGAGUGAACGUGAUGAAGAGGAGCUGCUCGCUCUGCGAACUGACCUCAACUCGUUUUAUCUGCAGCUUCUCCUUCUCUUCUCUUCCUUCUUCUCCUCCUUCUCCUUCUUCUUCUCUGACAGCACAACCCUUUACUUUUUUUUUUUGCACUUGCACUUUUUGUUGGUGAGAGCAGCGAGCGCCUCCUCCUGUGGAGGACUGACAACUGAGCGACACAUGAAGAAGAGUUUGUGACUCAGGCUGUGGAUGGAGGGAUGACAAACUGAAACUGAACGAGUGAUUCAUUCUUCAUCGUCUCUCUUCUUCCUCUCUCAGAUGUUCACAUGGACGAAGGCCCCAGUCAGUGAGCCAGGCUAGCUGUUUCCAUCUGUUUCCAGUCUUUAUGCUAAGCUAAGCUAACGCUGACUGUGGAGCCUGUGUUACAGCAGCAGACAUUUAGAUCUCUGAACAGGAAAAGGAAACCUGGAACUGUCCCUUUAGUGUUCACAGGUCCUGAUAAACCAUGAAGACGAGCUCACACCGAAGGUCCCGAUAAACCAUGAAGACGAGCUCACACCGAAGGUCCCGAUAAACCAUGAAGACGAGCUCACACUGAACUCACCUGUAGAGAGAAACACUCAGACAGACGUGUGAGAACACCUGUAAAUACUUCACCUGCAUCGUCACUCACGCCUGUCCUGGUGAUGUCAGCCAUGUGACACGCUUUAUUUUGGCGGGACAUGACCUGAUGUGAUGCAGAUCAGUUUCUGAGGACGUCUCGAGUCUUUAAGUGCCAAGAUGGACGAAUAUAACCUCACCUUAACUCACCUGACUCCUCACGCUGCUGCAGGCUGCUCAGCGUACCAUGUCAGUGUGAGGUGGAGGGGAUGAAAGGACAGACAAUCAGAUGGACAGGAAGUCUUCUGCCUGCAGCAAGGACUCUUCUAUCCCUGCUUCCUUCAUUCAUCCCUCCUUCCCUCCCCCUUUCUUCCCUUCUUUCCUUCCUUCUCUCACUCUUCCCUUUCCUUCAUCCUUCAUUCCUUUCAUACGUCCUCCCUUUCCUCCCUCCUUUCUUCCUUCCUUACUUCCCUCCUUCCAUCCAUUCUUCCUUCCCCUCCUUUACUUCUCUCAUUCUGCCCAUUUUCUGUCAUUCUUCCUUCCUCCUUCCCUCCUUCCUUCUUUCUGUCAUUCUUCCCUGUCCUCCCUUCCCUCCUUCCUUUCAUACUUCCUCCCUGCCUUCCUUCCCUCUCUCCUUCCUUACAUCCUCCAUCCUUCCUUCCAUAUGUCUUCCCUUUCCUCCCUCUUUACCUUCUCUCCUCCAGUCCCUUCCUUCCUUUCAUGCUUCCUCCCUUUCCUUGCCCCCCCCGUCCCUCCAUCCUUCCUUCCUUCCUUGUCUCCUCUAACUACAAACUGAACUUGUUGCAUGUCGUCUUUACUUUGUGUUUUCGUCAGCACGACGGCACCUCCAGUUUCUACAUGCAGUGUUGAAUAAUUACCCAGAAUUCAAAGUGUUUCUGUUCAGAUUCGAUGUGUCGACAGUUUCAUGAGACGAUCGCGGACGUCACGCCGAAGCUCCAACUCUGUGAGGAAAAAAUAUUGUGAUGUUUUAAGAAAAUUAUGAACGAUGUUAAAAGAUGUGAUGUUCAGAAUUCUACAACUAAAAUGUGAAAAAGUUUCAUUUAUUGAGAAUCAGAAAGGAAAAACUCCCGGUGAUGAUGAUGUGACAGGAACGUGGAAAUAUUGGGAAGUUCUGGAGUUUGGAGAAACAAGUUUGAAUUUAAGGAAAUGCGGACAAAAUUUUACAAAAGUCAAAGGAACGAACAAAAAAGUUAGAAAUUUUAUCGUUAAGUAAAAAAUGAGUAUCAUGAGAAUAAAGUUGUAUUUUACGAUUAAAGGCCACAACAGGUUUUAAACUGCGACAGGAAGUCCUGAGUCUCAGAUUUGUUCUUGUCAUAGCAGCUCUGAUAUAAUCUGUCCUUCAGUGUUUCCUCUGCAGCGCCUCACAUUUUAAUUUUGGGGUAAAGUUGUAAUUUUACAGAAACAAAGUGAAAAGUUACAACAGAGAUUUUCUGAGAAAAGUCAGUAUUUGGAGAUUAAACUCAAUUGACCUGUGGCUAAGCCACGCCCCCUCCACUCACCUGGACAAACUAUCAGCAUUCAGUGAGCGGCGCUAUGGCAGGUGUCACAGUACACGGCAUUUCACAGGAGGCAACUGAUGAUUUUUGGGGACAUAACGAUCAGAUGUCAUUGAGAAGUAACCAAAAGGGCCUAAACUACGCAUUGGAGGGAUAUAUUCAUCAUUUUAUUGUUGAGAAGGUCGAUGAAAAGCUUAAAUUACAAGCCAAAAUAUACAGGUCACAGUGUACGCUUGUGAACCGCAUCUGGUUGCCGUCACCAUCAAAGACAACAAGUUAAAGUGCCACUGAAGUUAAGGUUUUUGGCUCAGAAUAUGAGAAAAGGAUAACGGCCUUUUUACCAUCUUUACCAAGAGUGUCUCUGCGUUAGUUUGGUGCUACAGUAUUUACACUGAAUCAUUCAGCAUAACGUUUGCCAACCUUUGUUAUCUCUGCCAUUACAGAUAAGUUAAUGAAGCUAAGCUCCAGAAGUUAACGUUAGCUUAACUAGAGCCCUUUGGACAACAGCUAACAAUGAUGUACCAUCACCAAAGUACAAAACUAGAACAAAAUAGGCUAAUGAACUCCCAGCAAACAAGGUGACAUGAUGAACAACGCAGCUAGGAGCUAACGUUAGGCUAACUUUAGCUAACGUUAGCUAGAGGUGUUAAAGAUAACUUUAUAUUUCUUUCCAGCAAAGUGACAAUAUGUUGCCUCAAACACAAUGUUGACUUACCUUAGAACAGAUGUAGACAUCAUUGUUAAUCUUAUUCACGUUGAGUUGAUGUUGUGGUCUAACGUUACCACACAACUUUAUCCAAAGGAGACACUUUUCUCGCUUGAGAUGUGGUUUAAAGUGUAAAAAUACACCUGGUCGCCCAGCCUCUCAGGAUACCUUGUGUCAGAGUUGCAUGUACCCCAUGCACACCGUUUGACCAUUUUUAAACUUCAAAUCUCAGAAAAAGCUCAUAAAACCCAACAAACUGACUUUCUGUAAUGCAUUUCAAUGGACGUCCAGGCAGAGAAUGUCCCAGUGUAUGGGAAUGGCUAUACGCACUGUGAUUGGCUCAUCACGUUUAAGGGCGGGGCUUAGCCAUAGGUCAAUUAUGUUAGAAAUAUGUUGUAAAAUAAUUAAAAUAAAGUUGUAAAGUGGUUGAAACAUUUGUGAAGGCGUCCUCAGCAUAAUGGGACUUGUUUAAAAUAUAAAAUUCAUCUCAUAACAUUAAGAUCUGACUCUGAAACUUGCGUCUUGAUUUUACGAUAUUUUCACUUUGCUCAUAACAUUAAAACUCGUCCUUUAAUAUUGUGAUUGUUUUCUCAUAACACGUCUUUAUUCUCAUGAUAUUAACUCGACAUUAAUUGAUAAAUUUACGGCUUUAUUCCCAAAAUGUUGACGAGUUUUUAAUAACUUUAUUUUCCGUCCUCUAAUCAUCUUAAUGAAUCUGACGCAGGUGUCAUUAAUGAGUUCACCUGUCCUCUCUCAGUGCCACACGACCACAGGUUUUAUAGUUUUUAAUUGUUUAACAGUUGAAUUCAUGUUUUUAUUUGAAUUGUGUGACUUUUUUCUGUUUUGUUGAUAAAAAGAAGAUUCCAGGUGAAAUAAAAUCAGAGAGCCUCGUUAAUGUAAUGAAGUGAUUAUUUUAUGAUCUCUGUGGAGUUUCAGUCGCAGUUAAAUAUGAGUCACCUCUGACGUUCACUCAUUCACCUCCAGUCCUCUCUCACUGUGUCACAUUCACUGCUGCCUGUCAGCUCUGUGGGGCUGAGUGUUACUGAUUGGUGCGGCUUCUUUUCAGAUUUGUUUCACAGUAAAGACACGUACAAACCUGAGAACAUGAAAAAUUAAAGUUCAAAUAGAGGGGGAAAAACAUGCAAAAAUACAUUUUUAAAAAACUGGUUGAAUUCUUUAGGGAAACAAAAAAUAACUGAUUUUCUUGGUGAAUUUAGAUUUUUUU